AUGAGUAGCCACUCCAGCGACCGCCCCAGCGACCGUCCAGAUCAUCCUCCCGUUUGGGUUCGUGGUGGGCCUCCAUAUUAUUAUACACCUACAAGACCAAAUAUCGUCUCGUCCCCUAGUGAAAAUCUGCGCCGGGCCUCCACAACCUCCUCCAUUUCUUCCUCCCGCGAGAGCACAUCGGGAGGAACCCUCUCUCCACCCCCAAGCCCCACAGCCUCCGCUUCCCAGCCCUCCGGAAUCUCGCACCACUUCACCUUCCCCUCCUUCAGCACUAGCCCACUCUCACAGCAGACAUUCCCACCCCAGCGCCCGCCCUAUAUGGCCCAUCAGCCGCCCGUUCACAGCACCCCUGCCACCGCGGGACUGGGCUCCGGCUCCGGCUCCGGCUCCAGCGCGGAAGCCGAAGCCGAAAACCCCCAACGCCCUAGCUCGUUCCGAAGAAGUAACUCCAUCAGCGGGACGAACCUCUUCUCCAACCUCGCGUCGCAGAAGCGGAAUACGGCGGAUACCAGCUUUGCAUUGCGCAGGGAGCAGUGGCAUGAACAGAAUGUCGGUGCAGGGCCGGACAGGAAGAGGUUCUUUGCGAGUUGGUGGGAUAAGUGA